AUGACAACACGGCUAUAUCCGCCUAGCAUCAGCCCUCUGACGCAAACGAGCAACAAGGCUUGUGACGUUCGUGACCAUGAUUAUGCGCUGUCUGGCAAUCUAGAAAUCCAUGUACAUAGAUUGCCCCAGCCUAUCACACCACAUGCCUCCGCCGAAACAGUUGACCUGGGACCAGCCCAUCCCCCCAGGGAGGAAUCCCUCAAAGUCUUCAACGAGAUCGAAUCCGAGCUAAAGAAGACGCUUCUUCACAUGAAGCACACAUACCUAAAGCACGAACCCGAAUACUUCGCCCCAGUCCAAGCCCUCAGCGACACCGACCUAACGGCCUUCUCGUCCUCCGACCUGGAACAAGUCCGCGUCGGCAUAUCCCCCUACGGCCUACACCUAUUCGGCAAGCAGCGGCUCCCCGCCAUGCCCGACUCGGGCCCCGCGUACAUCCACUUCCGCGCCUUCGUCGGCGGCGACGGCCACAACGAAGCCGGCGUCGCUACCCUGCACAGCAUCCACACCGAGGACGUCGAGGAGCCCGACGGCGGCCAUAGGUACCGCGCUAUAUUUACCAAGGAGGAUCCGCUGGAGUGGUUUGACACUUGA